CAGCGCUGGCCUCCCUUCGGCAUAUUUGUUAAAGGCAAACCAGCUCUACUGGAAUACCGCAGUUAUUCGCUUUCUAGUUGUGGUAGAUAAGGAGUUCACACAAUGAAGGCACAAAUCUUUGCUUUCCUCUGGGCAUGUUUCUUCUGUGGAUCAUUUGCAGAUUUCGAUAGUGAGAAUAGCGCAAAGCAGUGUGAAUUGGCUCAUAAAGGUGAAAAUAUUGAGUUUCCGAAAGAUUUUUCGUUCGGCGUGUCAACCGCGGCUUAUCAAAUCGAAGGUGGCUGGAACGAGGAUGGCAAAUCGCCUUCCGUUUGGGAUACUUACACUCACGAACACCCCGAAAGAAUUCGUGAUAAUUCGUCAGGAGAUGAUGCCCCAGAAUCUUACCAUCGUUUCGAUCAAGACUUGGCAGCAUUGAAAGAGCUUAAGGUAAACUUCUAUCGUUUUUCUAUUUCAUGGUCCAGGGUGCUCCCCAACGGAGAUACCUCUGUGAAGAAUCAAAGAGGAAUCGAUUACUAUAACAUGGUAAUCGAUAAGCUCCUGCAGAACAGUAUCAAGCCUAUGGUGACAAUGUUUCAUUACGAUAUGCCCGAAUCGUUUAAUGAGUUCGGCGGCUUCACGAAUAGCUCAGUUAUCGAUUAUUUCGAGACGUACGCUUCUUUCUUGUAUGAAACUUUUGGUGAUCGUGUCAAAUGGUGGAUCACAUUUAACGAGCCCUAUGUAUUUUGUGGUAAGGGAUAUGCCGAAGCUACUUACCCUCCACUAGUGCACAGUCCUGGUGUUGGGGACUAUAUUUGCAUGGAUAAUUUAUUGCGAUCACAUGCACGGGCUUAUCGUUCCUAUAAAGAGAAAUUUUAUAGUUCUCAAAAGGGGAAAGUAGGUAUUACCAUUAAUACCGGAUUUUUCUAUAGCAAAGAUGGUCAAUCCUCUGAUGAGCUCGUGGACCGCGCAAUGCAGUAUGAGCUCGGUUGGCUGGCUCAUCCAAUUUAUAGUAGUACAGGAAAUUAUCCAUCUGUCAUGAUACAAGACAUCGCGGAAAAUAGUAAAAUUGAGGGGUUAGCAGAGUCACGUUUGCCUGUCAUAAACAGCACCUGGUCAGAAAUUAUCAAGGGAUCUGGUGAUUUUCUAGCAGUUAAUUAUUACACCUCCAAUCUUGUUGAAAUGUCUACACCCCCCGGAGGUGAGGUGCCAUCUAGAGAAUACGAUUCGAAAUUAAAGGAGUCAGUAGAUGAUAAAUGGAGGCGUGCCAAAUCGGAAUGGCUAUACUGCGUACCGCAAGGGCUUGAAGAUCUUUUAAAAUGGAUUCGUGACAACUACAACAACGUUGAAGUAUUAAUCACGGAGAACGGUUGGAGCGACGGUGGACAAUUAGAUGACCCUCAACGUAUCGACUAUCUUAGGGCCCAUUUGCAAGCCGUUCUUAACGCAAUAAAUGAUGGAUGUAAUAUCACACACUAUACUCACUGGAGUGUAAUAGACAAUUUCGAAUGGAAUAUGGGAUACACUGAGAAGUUUGGUCUCUAUUAUGUAAAUAUGACAAGUGCCAACAAAGAGCGCAUUCCCAAGAAAUCAGCCGCAGUUUACACGAGCGUGAUAGAAAGCCAUCGAAUUCCGGAGGCGAGCGGAGCACUUUCUCUUCGUCCCCGCAUCUUCAACUAUAUAGUAGUUAGUCUAGUUAGUGUUUAUAUCACAAUAACAGUAUUGUUUAAUUAAGCAUUUCCUAAGUAUAAGAUUCUAAUAGAUAACGGGGUGAGAUGAUUUAUAAUUUAUCGAGCUGUACAAGUUUUGCGCAUAAAACUUUAGGCGAAGUAGAAUUUUCAAAAAAUCGAUUUUUUUUUCAUUUUCUUAAUGUACAUAUAUUUAAGAAUACACACAGAAAAUUUCAUAUCGUUCCGGUGAAUAUUUUCAAAGUUACAAGCAAAUUUGAAAAGGCGUUUCAGAGUGCUUGGAAGUACAAGGUCCGAGCGGCAGCGCCCUUUUCUCAAAAUGGUGUUUUCAAAGUCGGUGACCAACAUUACUCGAAAACGGCUAGACCGAUUAGUCUCAAAUUUUAACACGACCUUCUUAAAUAUAUUUUUUAGUAAUUAAUCGAAGAUUUUUUCUCUCCUAUAAAUAUAUUUUUUUUUAUAAACAAUUUAAGGCCGAAAUUUCAGUGUAGAAUCGAUUUUUUUUGUUUUUUUUUUAGAAACCGCCAUUUUGUCAAACAAUUUUAUUUUGCUUAUUCCUUCGAUUAAUUGCUAGAUUUAACAUUAUUUUAACGAAAUCUGUUUGGUUUUUUAAUUUCGGAUGAUAAAGUUCCGAGAUAUAGUGGUCACCGCAAAACGUCUUUUUUGAGAGGAACUCCUGGAGAGUCUUAAGUCUUAAAAUACAGUUAAAAGAUACCAUAAUAUGUGUAUAAAUUUUUGGAUCAAUAAAUUAAAAAGUUUUCUCAGAAAAAAUUCUGGAAAAUUCACUUUUUUUCGGCCGUCUAACUGUAUAUAACCCCUUAAUUUAAAGUCUCUCUGACGCGACGUUUUUACCUUUACCAUAAACGCAAAGAUAUAGAAAAACUAAAAUUUAUAAAAUCGGUUUAACUUACUCAUGUCCAUGGGAUACUUUAGUACUCUUAAUCGAAUAAAACAUGUUUGCUUCACAUUUAGACACAAAAUCUCAGUUGUUCUAUGUAUUUCUCAUUCAUAUUUCGUGUGUGUGUGUGUUUGUUAUAAACUUCGUUAAAUCAUUUAUUAUUUUUUUCGCUAAAAUUUUGCUUAAAUUAAUUUAAAUACAUACAUAUGUUUAUAUGUAAAUAGGAGGUACAUACAUGAAACUAAAAAACAAAAAAAAAAAAAUAAAACAAUUUUGUAAAAAAUAACUCAGCAAUUAAGAAGACUUACAUAUAUACAUUUACAUAUAUGAAAACAGUUAUUAUUUCACUACUUUGUUAGAAGCUUAAAUUCAUUAUUCAAUAUGGAAAACAGUUUUAUUUUGGGCAAUCGCAAGGGCUACUAAAUUACGGCUACUAUAUAAUAUGACAAGAUAUACAUUUCAAACAUAUCCAUAUAAUUUACAAAGGAUUGUAUGCAUUUGUUUAAUACAACAAGAAUUUGUCUUCAACAUUUUUGCUUUGUGCUUUAAUUAAUUGAAUUUAUGUAGUUUCAUUUGUUAAUAAUAUAAUUUCAUAGUGUAAUAUGCCAUAAACAAUCCGAAUACUAAUGGGGGAUUAACAUUUAAUGUAUACGCUCUGCUUAUAAACCUCUCAAUGCAUCAAAUUCAACAUUCCGCGUUCAACAAUCUUAAAUAUAUAAUUCUUCUGAGUGUGUUUGUAGUAAAUAUAUAGUAUUUGUAUAUACAUGAAACUAACAGCAACUAUGUAUACAUAUAGAUGUAUAUAUGUGUAUGUGUAAAUAUAUAUAGUUAAUAGUAUGUAAUAUAUGUGGUAUAUAAUAUAAUGAAUAUGCUAAGUUUUCAUUGCGCUAAGAAAUAGUUAACUUUUUAGAAUGCUCCACAUAAAAUCUAGUUAAAAUAUGUCGCUAACAUUUAUAUGUGCUGCUUACUCUUCUUCUUCUUCGUAAAUAUUUAUAUAAAAAAAUCAUAAAAUUUGAAAAUAAAUUUUCAUUUUUUUUCGGCUUGUGCGAGUUCGCUGCUCUCUCCCUCUCUUUAAAUCUUUCGCUCAGCUGCUUUAAGUUGCUCUCUUAGUUUGUUAUUACUGUUAUAAAAUUAUGUGUUUCGUUUUUCUGCUACUUUUUUCAUACAUUAUUAUUUUUUUUUAUUUUAAUUUUGUUUUACAAUUGUAAAAUACUAUUAUUUUUAUAAAAAAUUUACAAGACUUAAAUUAUAGUGAGGAAAUAUACAAAAAUGAUUUCUUUCGCUGAUCGUACAAAUAUAAAAAAUUCUUUUUGGCUUUGAGUAAAAUAUAAGAUUUUUUUCUGAAAGCUUUCUGCAGAGCUUGCGCUUAUCAGUAUGUGUGUGCUUUAGAUUGGCUAGUAGGGGUGCUUUGUUGGAAGAGUUUCUCUUUUUCAAUAUUUUAAUGCAUCAUAGAAAAUAAGUUUGUUUGCCUCUCUAGAAAUGCGAUGAAUAUUUUUUUUUUUAAAUUUGGUAGAUUUUUUCUUAACUUUAAUGUAAAAUUGGUAUCAAAUUUUGUUUAGAAGACAUUAAACAUUAUAGUAUAAAGAAGCUGGAAAGUAAAGCAGUAAAAAAAAUUAAAAGUAAUUGCGAAUAAUAACAAAUAAUGUGGACAAGUAAAAA